AUGGAGAAAGAGCGCCUUCGCACCUCCGAGCUCGAGUCAGGCACCGUCAAUUGGGGCAGGGAACUGCUCCUGGUCCUUGGACAUCGUUACGCCCAAGUUGCAUACUUUGUCCUCCAGCGGGAUGAUGGUGUUGUCUAUAAUCAGUGGAGGGAUGUCCGCGUCGUUGAAAAAGCGUCGCUGCUGGGAGCUGGCAAACAUAUUGAUUCAGUGCAUAAUCGUAUUAAUUACCCAUGCCACACGUGCGGAAAGACAUAUUCACAAAAGAGUUAUCUAAAACAACAUAUUGAUUCAUUACAUAAUCGUAACAAUCACGCAUGUCACACGUGCGGAAAGACAUUUUCGUAUAAGAUUUAUCUGAAACGCCAUAUUGAUUCAGUACAUAAUCGUAUCAAUCAUCCAUGUCUCACGUGUGGAAAGACAUUUAGGCAUAAGACUUCUCUAAACACCCAUAUUCAUUCUGUACAUAAGCGUAUCAAUCACUCAUGUCAUACGUGCGGAAAGACAUUUUCACAAAAGGGUUAUCUCAAAGUCCAUAUUGAUUCAGUGCAUAAUAAUCUGAAAGCUUUCAUCUGUGAUUUAUGCGGAAAGACAUUUUCACAAAAGAUUAAUCUGAAACGCCAUAUUGAUUCAGUGCAUAAUCGUAUUAAUUACCCAUGCCACACGUGCGGAAAGACAUUUUCACAAAAGAUUAAUCUGAAACGCCAUAUUGAUUCAGUACAUAAUCGUAUUAAUUACCCAUGCCACACGUGCGGAAAGACAUUUUCACAAAAGAUUAAUCUGAAACGCCAUAUUGAUUCAGUACAUAACAAUCGGAAACCUCACAACUGUGAUGUAUGUGGAAAGACAUUUUUACAAAAGUGUAAUCUGAAAAUACAUAUUGAUUCGGUACAUAAUCGUAUCGAUCAUCCAUGUCACAUAUGUGGAAAGACAUUUUCGCAUAAGCAUACUCUGAAAUUACAUAUUGAUUCGGUGCAUAACAAUAUUUUUAAUUCAUGUCCCACUUGUGGAAAGAAAUUCUCACGAAAAUUUCAUCUCAGAGUUCAUAUUGAUUCAGUACAUAAUAAAAUCAAUCAUCCAUGUUCCUCACGUAGAAAGACAUUUACACAAAAAAGUAGUUUAAAAACCCAUAUUGAUUCAGUGCAUAAUCGUGUCAUUUACCCGUGCUAA